UUAACGUUGCCCUCAAUCAACCAGCAUACCAACAGUACCCAGUGAUACCUGUUGAGGACACAUAUGACGCCAGUAACGCUGUUGACGGACGUAAAUCUGACCUGAGCUGGGACGGUGGUCAAUGUGACUGGUAUCGGACGUACACAGCAGACAAGUUACUUGGAUUCUCUGUGUAUAUCUCCAAUACCACGGAUAGAUCACAGGUGAUGUUGUGUUUCAAUGACUACAACUUCACAAAAUACACAAUACCCCCUGUCUUCACAACAAACUGUUAUGUUCAUGGACAAUAUGUCAUCUACUACAACGAGAGACUACAAGGAGUCGUCUACCCUGACAGUUAUUAUAUAUUUGUGAGAAGUGACCUAUGUGAAGUAGAGGUGUAUG